AUGUCGUUUAUGCGCGGCGAUCUGCUGCAGAAGGCGCGGCUGCUCAUGCGCGGCGGCGUGGUCGACCCGCCCAAGUGGCUCGACGCGCUCUCCAAGUGCGUGGGAGGGAGGGGGGGAGAAUGGGGUGUUGGCGGAGGGGGGGAUGGGGAGGGGAGUGGGGAAAGGAGGGGUGGGGGGAUGGGGGGAAGGGAAUUGAGAGUGCCUCCACAGCCCAAGGCGCGGCGCUGCCCCAAGGCGCGGAGGAUAGAGUUCCCAGAGGACCCUCUAGUGGAGUCGUAUUACGCAAGACACCCUGAGGCCAAGCUGCAGGCAUACCGGCUGCAGGGCUUCGACCCGCCAGUGGCUCGGCGGUUCGCGUGGCGGCAGCUGGAGCUGAUGCAGCAGCAGGGACUGACCAAACGCCAGGCCAGGGAUGCUGUGGAG